AUGGCUGACAAGAAUAUUACUACUUAUAAUAGUAAGUCUCGCUAUUGUGGUGUUUGUGGCCAAGCAGGCCAUAAUUCUCACACAUGCAACUCUAAUGAACCAAAUGAUUGUGAAAAUAUUGGUGCUGAAAGUUUAACAAAAACAG